UGAAAAAACCACCUCUUCACGCAAACUUGCCAUCCCUGUGGUUUUCCGUUCACCCGUCACGCCCCCGUGCCGAUAACUAUGCCAAAUUUCUGGUGGCACCUUGACUCACUUACCGCUACCCAUUGAUGCCAUUUUCUUCCCCCUUGACCGCGUCCUCGUUGGGAAAACUGGGGUCAGCUGUGCACAGGGCCCCUGUCUCCGUGGUUACAAGACAUGCAAAACGGCAGUCCGAACGGAAUCUCCCACCAAGAUGAAUGCGUGACCCCCAAACCCGAGGCCUUCUCGACCGACCUUCCUUUGCCCAAGCAUCCAACCGAGUCGCUGACCGAUGAUUCGAUUCCUUCCGAGCUUAAAGAGAACGAAAUCACCCCCGCAACCGAUCAGCUCGAAGGUCCUCCCUCCAAGAAGCGGAAGCUUGUCGGUCCUAUUUCCUCUCGUCGCUCGACCCCCCGUGCAGCAUCACCUCCAUGGAAGAAGGCUGGUGUCGAUGGGCCAACAUCCUUCAUCCAGGAUGGGAGGCGUAAGUCCUCCCGAGUCAACGCGCUCCCCCUCGAUUUGCAGAGUCCAUCCGACAAAAGACACACGCGCAAGGCCCAGAAUAAGGCCAUAGGCAGGAAUUCUUCCAGUGCUACGAGGGGAGUCGCUUCCCUGUCGUCGAUGUCGCCGUCGCAGCCGGAGUUAAACGCGAGGUCGGUCGGGGGCAGCACCGCAGUCAAUGGCUCCCCGAGGACUACAACUAUAAGAGGGUCCGCCAGCAGGCGCCGUCGUAUCUCUCAGUCACCCGCCCCCAGGCAGCCGAACGCACGAACACGAUCCUAUAGCUCUGGCACUUGGCGCCGGACCUCGAAUAUUAGCUCUGUCGGCUCCAAUCGACCACAUCGUUCCUCUAUGAAUAACGUCUCGGUGUCAAUGGUCGACGCCGAUGAUGCGGAAUAUGAGGAUGCGGAAGAGGAUGAGUUUGGUCAGCGGGGUCCACGGCUGCGGAUCAAGGUCAAAAGGCUGCCCAUCGGCAUUCAGCAUCCAGGGCACGUCCUGGCCCCGCGGAAGUACGGCUCGUUCAAGGAAUGGUUGGAGAGUGAAGAUGGGAGAAUACGAGAUUCUUCGGUACUCACACCGGCUGGCGCGCUCGAGGAGGCCCUGAAGAGGCGUCGAAUAGCAGUAGCAGCUGAAUCGGGAGGACUCCUAAGCCCGGAGGUUUGCUCUGCAUAUCUGCCCGAGCAACAAGAGGAGCCGCCACAGCAGUAUUCGCACCAGGACCAUCUUGUCGCGCAUGCGUUGUACUUCAAGAAGCUCCUCGACCAGGAACAUAGGCGUCAUCGCAACACGGCCAGACUAUUCGCUCAGUGGUGUGCGGACGCGUGGAAGAAGCGUAACAAGGACCCGGAGGAUAUUCUACGGGAACAGCAGGAGGAGAUGCGCGGAAAGCGCAAGCAGCUGGCCAAGGACCUCCAGAAGAUGUUCGACCUAGCUCGAGCGGAGGUGGACCAGAUGCGUUUAGCACGUUGGGAGGAGGAGCGGAAAGCUGAAGACCAACAGGCUUUGGAUCGUGCGAUCAAACAAUCUACAAUGCUUUUCGAGAAGCGCCGCAUGGAGAUUCUUGGAGAAGGCGGGAGCGACGUGCCCGAUUCCAGUGAUGGGGAGCAAGAGGAUACGGAUGAGUUAUCGGAUGAUUCGGAAGAUGAAGAUAAUAUGUCAUCUACGGACUCAGAGAGUGAAGAUGAGGAGAACAUGGAUGAUGACGAAGGCUUGACUGCGGAGGAACUGCGGUUGAAAUAUGCUAACCUGCCCACCAAUAACAAUGAUUCCGAUCGCGAGUCAGUGGCUUCUGAUGCCACAGUUUUCUCCGACCGAAGUGAUACCUCGGACGUUGAUCGUGCCAUAGAUCGUGCUACCGAGUCCCUGGUUUUGUCAGCAGAGAUGCAGCCUGAGCUCGAAGAAGUGGAUCCCGUGCUCCUGGACGACAGCGAAGAAGACUCUACUGAUAUGGACGGCGAUAUGGACGACAGCGAGGACGAAGAAUCCGAAGCCGACUCUGACGCGGAGAGCGAUGGGCCUGGAUUAUUGGGUUUCUUUCCCUCCAAUGAUAUGGCACUGAACUAUAGCAGCCAACAUAGCGAUGCUGAUGAGGGCGAUGAUGGCGUGGACGUGGGCGACGACGCCGAUGGCAAAUUAACAUCAGCUGCAGAGGAUGACGACGAGGAACCGGAGGAUCCUGAUGAGGUCUCCCUCGUGCCCAAUGGACCGGCGCGAGAAAAAUCAAUACCGCAUGAUCAAACCGAAGUCCUUUCUGCUACUGACCCCGAGCCUGUGUCGGCAUCUCUUUCUGCCCCUGACUCACCCGUCAAUCCAAUCGAUGCCAAAUCCCAGUCGGUUGUUGAACGUUCCUCGGAGUCAACUCCUGUGCUUACUCCCGCCGAAAAUGAGACCCCCGAUGUCGAAAUGACAGACGUCUUUGACAAUGAAGACACAGUUCUGCCUGACGAACACGAUGAAAUAGUCCAGGAUAAGCCCCCUGAGGAGAAUGACGAUGUCCAUCACGAUGUCCACCACGAAGCCUACCAAAGCGGCGAACCCUCGAGUGAAGCAUCCCCGGGGACACUUGCCACCAAACCAUCGGAGCCCGAAUCUGUCUCAUCGUACGAAAAUCCAGAGAAACCCCCGCAGCCGAGUGAAUCUCCUGCUCCUGGAUUGAAAACGCUGGUACCGCACCUUCUCCGAGGCACUCUGCGGGAGUACCAGCAUUUUGGUCUGGAUUGGCUUGCUGGACUCUAUACAAACCACAUUAACGGCAUUCUCGCUGAUGAAAUGGGUCUUGGUAAAACAAUACAAACGAUAGCAUUGUUGGCACACUUGGCCGUGGAGCAUGAGGUUUGGGGUCCACACUUGGUCGUCGUGCCCACCAGUGUGAUUCUCAACUGGGAGAUGGAGUUCAAGAAGUGGUGUCCCGGCUUCAAAAUCAUGACCUAUUAUGGAAACCAAGAGGAGCGUCGGCAAAAGCGAAAGGGCUGGAUGGAUGAUACAAGUUGGAAUGUCUUGAUCACGUCCUACCAACUAGUCCUGCAGGAUCAGCAAGUUCUGAAGAGAAGAAGCUGGCAUUAUAUGAUCCUUGAUGAAGCGCACAACAUCAAGAACUUUCGCUCGCAGAGGUGGCAAGCCCUGCUCACGUUCAGAACCCGGGCUCGACUCCUGCUCACCGGCACACCGCUCCAAAACAACCUUACUGAGCUAUGGUCGCUACUGUUCUUUCUAAUGCCUUCCGAUGGCGAUGAAGAGGGGAUCGAAGGGUUUGCAGAUCUGAGGAAUUUCUCAGAGUGGUUCCGACGCCCUGUGGAGCAAAUUCUAGAGCAUGGCAGAGAAACGAUGGAUGAAGAAGCAAAGCGAGUGGUCACCAAGCUGCACACCGUGCUUCGACCCUACAUCUUACGUCGUCUUAAAGCCGAUGUGGAGAAGCAGAUGCCGGCCAAAUAUGAGCAUGUCGUCUAUUGCAGACUCUCGAAGCGUCAGAGAUUCCUGUAUGAUGGCUUCAUGUCCCGCGCGCAGACAAAGGAAACCCUUGCGUCUGGAAACUACCUGUCCAUCAUCAAUUGUCUUAUGCAAUUGAGGAAGGUCUGCAACCAUCCGGACCUCUUCGAGACCCGGCCCAUCUCUACGUCGUUCGCGAUGUCCCGUUCUGUGGCUACGGACUACGAGGUCAAGGACCUUCUCGUUCGCCGGCGAUUAUUGUAUGAGCACCCACUCACCAGGCUCGACCUAGACUUUCUCAACUUGGUACCCAUCUCGCGAGAAGAUAUCUCUCGGCGGUUGGCCGAUGACAGUACCAGGCUCAUGGCGUACGGCCCCUUCAAUACGCUGCGGGAACGCCAGUACCACCGCACCAACUGGCAGAUGAGCUUCAAUGGCACCACGGUGCAGUCUACCUUGGAUGCGCUCGAGAACGAGUCUCGGAAGAGGAGGAUGGCAGAGCUAGAGAGAUGUCUUUACUUCGAAUCCAAGCGUCACGGUCGCCGUCCGGUGUACGGAUCAAGUCUCAUCGACUUUCUCACGGCAGAUAGCAAGCAGCGGCCUACCUCUAACGGGCCCCUGCGAAAGCGCUCCUUGGCCGACUGGCUAUCGAGCCGGUCGUCCAUCCUCGCGUCGAUGAUCUUGUCUGUCGAAGAACGUUCUCAGGCCAUGGAUGGAUAUGUUCAGAGAUUCGCCUGCGUUACCCCUGCCGCGGUGGCGUCUGGGAUCACCGAGGCAGCCCUGACUCCCAUAGAAACCAGGUACCUUACGAAGAAAGAGCGGUUUCCGUCAUAUGACCCAUUCCAUGAGGCACAGAUGCGUCUCUCCAUCGCAUUCCCCGACAAGAGACUGCUGCAGUACGACUGCGGCAAAUUACAGAGACUCGAUAAGUUGCUUCGCGACCUCAAAGCCGGUGGCCACCGGGCCCUGAUCUUCACCCAGAUGACCAAGAUGCUCGACAUCCUGGAACAGUUCCUCAACAUCCACGGACAUCGAUACCUCCGGCUAGACGGUACUACCAAGGUCGAACAGCGUCAGAUCCUUACUGAUCGCUUCAACAACGACAACCGGAUCUUGGCAUUCAUCCUGUCCAGUCGUUCCGGUGGUCUGGGUAUCAACCUGACAGGCGCUGACACGGUCAUCUUCUACGAUCUAGACUGGAACCCCGCAAUGGACAAGCAGUGUCAGGACCGUUGCCACCGUAUCGGACAAACACGCGACGUGCAUAUCUACCGAUUUGUCUCGGAGUACACCAUUGAAUCCAACAUCCUCCGCAAGGCCAACCAGAAGCGCAUGCUCGACGAUGUCGUCAUCCAAGAAGGGGAAUUCACGACCGACUACUUCACCAAAUUAGAUGUCCGUGACAUGAUCGACACCGAAGAUGCCCUCGAGAGCCAGGACGAAGCCAGUGCAGCCAUGGACCGGGUCCUUGAGAACCGCGUCUCCGGCAGUGCCCGUGUCUUCGAGCAAGCCGAAGACAAAGAAGACAUCGACGCAGCCAAGAACGCCCAGAAGGAGUUGGAACAUGCAGAUGACGGCGACUUCGAUGACCGCACCCCUGGCCAAACUCAGGCCGGAACACCGUUGGCGACUGGGCCCACGAUCGGGCCCGAGGAAGGGACUACAACAGCGGGUGCAACUCCUGGACCGCAACUGUUGGCCUCGCCGCAGGUACACGCAGCUGACGAGCCCGUGGAUGUCGAGUCCCUGCAGCCGGGACACAUCGACAACUACCUCCUGCAGUUCAUGGAAUGGAAUAUGAAGGACGAACCGCUCGUCCUGCCAGCAGACAAAGGCAAGAAAAAGUCCAAGAAGGGUAAGGAGCAUCGUCUCCGCAAGAGACGUCGUUGAAAGAUGAGACGAGAAAUCCGGACAUGAGGGACAGGAUGAUGGAGUGUGUUAGGCUACGAAAAGGACCAAAGCAACAAGGCAGCACGUCCUAUGUAAUUCUAUUUGCAUGGUUAUUU